AUGGCGUCCACUCGCCCUGGGGAAAACAACCGCGACGCGCCUACCUUCGACAAUUUAGCCAAAUUCUAUGCAUCUGUGGCCAUCAUUUGGACGUUUUCCCUGCUCCUCGGCUCCGCCUUUCUAAUUGUCAAUCGCCACGAGCAAUGCAUUCGCAUUCGCAACCUGCUUCUCUCCCUGGGUGCGGUGUCAUGUCUACAUGUCUACUGGAUUUUGUGCAUGGUCGCAUAUUCGAUGGGUGAAAAGUACCCCUGUGCUGCAGAAUAUUGGGUCAUGAGCAUCUAUCUGCCUCUGGGAAUCGCUCUUUUCCAAGCAAACAGCAUACAGCUCCUGAGCGUCUUUGGCAUCCAGGAGAAGCUGCUCCUCACCGCGCAGCAGCCGUACAGACCCCACUUCAUUGACUGUACAAAAUCUCCUCGUCGCUACCUGUCUCAAUGGAGACAAUUGAAUCUCGUCCAGCGAACGGAAUUGGGUAUUGUGGCUGGGAUGGUGGUUCAAGUCAGUGCAUCCUACGCCCUUACUGCUGUUGAUAUUUGCCAUACUUAUUUAUCUCUCGUCUCUAGCUAUUUCUGUCGCUCUCUAUUUUCCUCACCUCUCGAAAAUUUCAAACCUUCGGCACAUUCUCUGAACAUGAAUGUCGGCGAGGUCCUGAAUGGUAAGAUUGCCUGCCGGAUGAUAAUGUGGUCGACUUUGUCUGACCAUGAAAAUUCAAGGAUUCCUUCGAUUCUCUGGCAAUUCUUCUGGUCUUGGAUAUUUUCGCCAUACGUUCUGUGGAAAAUUCGCAACAUCUAUGACAUACACCACUGGCGGCUUCAGAUCACUUGCUGCGUCAUCGCUGCUUUACCUGGUUCGCCCAUGUGGCUUACCGCCCUGUAUUCGCCAACCCAAACCUGGGCAACUAUAAACAGAUACUGGGUGCCGGCUCUCUGGUUUGCUCCCGGUAUUAUGACAAUGGAGGCUGUGACUAUCUUCCUUCCGUGUUAUGAGCUUGUCGUCUCCAGGAGGCAAAGGAAUCGUAUCCUCGGGAAACUCCAAGCAUGGAAUGAAAAGAAGGCAGAUGACGCGGACGAAUUGGAUUCAGAAACACCGCGAAGUCAAAGUGAAGUCAGCCGCCUGCCUGAAGUGUAUUCCCGAAAAGCCCUGGAAAGGUGCUUAGAAGACGACUCGAGCGCGCUUCUACGAUUUGCCGCGGCCAAGGAAUUCAGCGGAGAGAAUAUCAUCUUCCUGAAUUAUGUGCGCGACUGGAAGGCUGCCUGGGUGGAGAUCAAUGAAUCGAAGCCGGUAUAUGAUUGGAACCGCGAUCCUCUACACCACCGACUUCAUUUCUUCAAGAUCGCGGUUGAGAUAUAUGCAGCCUGCGUCGAUCUCACCAUCGCGAAAUUUCCCAUCAACAUUGAAUCUCGGAUUUACUCGGAUCUAACGGAAAUUUUUGGUGAAGCUGUCCAGCUAAUCGGCCAAUCUGUGCCAGGGGGAGCUGGAAUACGCACUUACAGGAAUCUCCCCGAAUCUUACAUGGUCCCUACACAUAGAAAAAAGUUUUCUACUGUAAUAACCUUGGAAGAAGACACCCACGCUCUGUGUCUGGAUGCCUAUCCUCAACAGAGCCAGAGCAUUAUGCAUAUCGAGCCCCGUCUUCCACAUUCUGUUAUCGUUCCUCUGGAUUUCACAGCCUCUGCUUUCGACAAAGCCGAGAGGUCUGUCAAGAACCUUGUGUUCACAAAUACCUGGCCCAAGUUUAUUGAUUCUGAUUCUUCCAGCAACUUGUCAACUUAUUCUAAGUAA